CGGGUUGGUAAAGUUGUGUCCAGAAACCAACCGACUUGGAGAUCAACUUCAAAACGCCAUCUUACACACAUUACACAUGUGGCUGAAGUCUCAGUUAGCCCCCAUUUUGUGGCGUGUUACUCCAUUUGUAAACAAAGACAUCGAUCAUCGAAUCCAGUCGCAUCCAUCUGGAAAUGCUGCAGUGGCUCGGGACUUUGUCGUAGUUUGGUGCUACUAUUUAUCAUCACUCUGGUCAUCCGUAACCCCAAGACUGAUACUCAACCGAAAACUCAUGCAUACACAAUGAUGCGGAGGCGGACGAGUGUCGUGCAGGCUUAUUGAAGGCGCGGGAUAGUAAAUUUCCGCCGUGGCGAGAACGAAUAUAUAAAGACAGUGCUGGCACCCCAUGAGAUUCACACCACGCAACAGCAACAACCCAUUCAUCCACACCACCUUCAGCAAACUUCAAAAUGCAGCUCCCACUCCUCCUCACCGCAGCCCUACUCCCACUCCUAUCCCUAGGCGCAGCCCUACUCCCCCGCACAGACACCACCUCCGCCACCCUCACCUUCGACGACAAGCUCGCGCUCCCCGCCGCCAUCCUCCCCGUCGGCAACGAAGGCGGCCUAGACUUCCGCUCCUUCGCCCUCCUAAAACUCAGCAGCAACCCCAUCGGCGCCGCCCGCCCAAAAUCCGGCACCAACAUCGCAGCCACAAACUUCCGCACACGCAUAACAAACAACAUCAUCUUCUUCGACCCCUUCAACCCCGUCUCCGCCAUCGUCGCCCCGCAGCCCCUCAUCACCGUCGCGUAUCCCGGUUCGCUGUAUGAUCGCUUCACCCUCGAGUCGCUGUACAUUGCGUGUGCGGCGUCGACGGCGGUGGGGGUUGUUGGUGUGCUGACUGGGUGUCGGGUGCGCUUUGAGGCUAUUAGGCCGGAUGGGUCGGUUAAGGGGACGGAGGUCGUGGAGUAUAAACCCAUGACUGCCAACCCGGUGGAUGUUGAGGAUAUGCAGUUUGUGGUGUUUAAUAGGGAUUUUGAGGGGGUGAGGGAGGUUAAGGUUUUUCUUGAGUCGGGGCUUACGGGGGUGGAGCUGGUGGAUGGGUUUGUUACAAAUAUUAGUGUUGAUGAUGUUAAGGUUAAGGUUAUGAAGAAGUGAGGGGGUGGUUGUGAAGCGGUGGAGGAUGGGGGUUGUUGUUGCGAUGUGCGCUUUUGUGCGGGUAUGGGGAGGGAGUGCUGGGAGACGGUCUUUACUGUAUUUCGCGUUUGUCUAGUUGCUUGAACGAACCGCGUACCUCUGUCAUCCAUCCACUCAUUAAACAAAUAUACAAAAGGAG